AUGUCACUGGUCAAUCCCGUACAGCGGGAGGUCCAAGUGCUAGAUCUGUUUCUAACUGCGAAAGUUAGGGAAGAUGUAUGGGUGAAUGAGUCAGAUUUAUAUCUGGAGCUAGAAGACCUCGUGCGUGCAUACGGGUCCGCAGCAGGUGUCAUCUCCGUCAGUUCGAGCACAGGAAAUACCAUCAUCGCCUCCGGCUCAUGUCCUUCCUCCUCACCCAUCUCACCCACACCCCUAUCCAUAUCCGUUCCCUCCGCCGCUCGUCCCACUCCGCAAUCCCAUCCUCAUAUGCCCACUUCUUCAACUUUUACUACAACUCCCACACCGUACCCCUACCCAUUUCCUCGUGCACGCGUUCAGGUGCUCGUCGCUCGACGCGUACCAUUCUCAUCUAUAACCCCGGGGGACGGACCUAUCGAAGUCUGGUGUGCAAGGGCGGAGAGAUUAGAAAAUGCUACUAGCAGCGGAGGAUGA